CUCCUCAAUACGUAUAUAGGUCAAAAGCCCAAUCAGAAGAAACGGAAGAUGCAGAAGAGGAAGCGGGAAGACGCCGAGGAAGACAUGGAGAUCGUAUGGCAAACGCCGGCGAACCCACCUGAGCCGCAAGAUUACAUCUUCCGUAACGGGAGGCGCCACGUCAGGCCGUACUACUUCGAGUUCAUCUCUCAUGUUAAGAAUCGGUGGGUCGGCAAAACCAUCGUCGACUUGUUCGCCGAGGAGUUCAAAGGCAGACCUUAUGAUUACUAUGUUAGUGCUGUAAAAUGUGGACGGAUACAAGUUGAUGGAGAGAUAGUGCCAGUUUCGUACAUGGUUAAAAACUCACAGAAGUUAAGCCACUUUGUACACAGGCAUGAACCGCCGGUGAUGGCUUUGGGUGUCUCUGUUCUUCAGAAAGAACCAGAUGUGCUAACUAUUUGUAAGCCAGCAUCUGUUCCGGUGCAUCCCUGUGGUCAAUAUCGUAAAAACACCGUUGUUGGCAUCCUUCAAGCAGAGCAUGGCCUGGCACCUCUAUUUCCGGUUCAUCGACUUGAUCGUCUCGUCUCAGGACUCCUUAUUUUGGCCAGAAAUGCUUCAAAGGCUGACCUUUUUAGGCAACAGAUUGAAGCUAAGUUGGUGAAGAAACAAUAUAUUGCGAAAGUCGUAGGGGAAUUUCCGGAGGAUGAGCAAAUUGUUGAUGCUAACGUAGAUUAUAAUGCUCGAGAAGGAAGGAGCACAGCAGAGGUUAGAGAUACUAGCAGUGAUACUCCUGCAAAAGGGAAGACUGCUUGUACAAAAUUUACUCGGAUUAGUACAAAUGGAACUCAUAGCAUUGUUUUGUGUGAACCAAUCACGGGCCGAUCUCAUCAAAUACGUGUCCAUUUGCAGUAUACUGGGCAUCCAAUAGCCAACGAUUUGCUUUACCUUUCUGAACAUAUAACUGAUAGGUCUGCUGGAGGAAUGAGUGCUGAUAGAGCUGCUGUUAAAUCACACCAUUCUCUAAAGUCAAGUUUUUAUGAUAAAUGUCUCGAUGAAUAUGAAGAAAACUCUGGAGAUGAGUUUAGCAUUGAUCCUUUGUGUACAAAUUGCCCAAAUCUGGUUCCAAAAGGAUACGAUGCACUUGAAGAGGGUUUGUGGCUACAUUGUUUUAGAUACUCUGGACCUGGAUGGACCUAUGAAUGCCCAUAUCCAGAUUGGGCAUCAUCAAUAAGCUAAUCAGUCGAUUCUUUCCUCUCUUUUUCUCCUUUUUAAAUUCAUGCCCUGAGAAAAUUGUAUUGCUCUCCUGUUCUGAAAAAUACUGAGAAAAUUGUCAACUUGGGUUAACCCUGUUUACUGAAGAGCAUGGUCAAUCAGUCAUAGGAGUGUCCUGCUAAGUUGUGGAUUUGCAGGUUCAUCGUGUGAAGACCAUAUAUGCUUUUGUGGGUCAUGGAUUCCAACCAACAAUGCCUGUUUCUUUAUCCAGAUUUGGCCCUUACCCUUGCUAGACAGCCAUCAAAUGUUUAUGCACAAAGGAGAAGGGAGUCCUCCUUUGGCUUUAUUUCUUUCUUUAAUGUAAAAGAUUAGCAGAUCUACUAUAUAGUGUGUACUGGUGAGCUGACCAACACUUGAACUGUAUUGAGCUGCAUGCAUGUAAUUCCAGUUCCAUAUGCACUGCUAAAUAUUUAUAUCACCGUCUUGAUUA